GACGCAGCGGGACACGGAGAUGAAGAGCCGCCAAUAUUACAACACAAAAACACGGAGAAAAACACCUUUAUAGCUUCGCGGAUCCGCCGUUUCUCUUUAACCCACCAGCAACUUUAAUAACAAGCUGGUGUUUUUGUAUAGGAACAUUGUGCACUACUUCUGAAGAAACUCGUGGAGAGAGAUAUUUGUUUUCAGAAGGACUCCAUUAAGAAGUUACAACUUGCGAUUUUGACGAGCAUAUUAUAAAAGCUCGUUACAUUUUUUCGCCUUUCUACUAAGUUGCAAGGCAUUUAAGGAGUUAUAAUACACCUCGAAGGAAGAAACUAAGAAAUAUGUGUGAUUUUACUGUCUCGUGAGCUCGUUCCUUUCAUCUCUGAAGAGAACUUUUUUUCCCCGCCGUUUGAUUUCAAUCGAGUCAAAAUGUCGAAUGUUGGAUUAUUGCGUUUGCUUCAACUUCAGACAAAACAAAGGAGCAUGUGUAACCUGACUCUCUGCCUUUUACUCUUCCUGACGUCUUCCUGCUCAUCUUUAUCUACAUGUCCUGCCCAGUGUUUGUGCGAAUCCACUGUAGUGAACUGCGAGAGCCAAAACUUGACAUCAGUCCCACAGCCACUUCCAGAAAACAUCACCACACUCAAUCUCAAUGGAAACCGCAUAUUGAAUCUGAGCAAUGCAUCUUUCCCCAGACCUCUGGUGCAUUUAACGCACCUUUAUGUGUCGGGAAACCAGCUGCAGGAGUUGGACUCCAUGGCGUUUCAAAAUUUUUCAAGCCUGCGCUUGCUUGACCUGAGCGACAACAGGAUUUUACACUUCAGCAUUGAGGCUUUACAUCAAGACAACAAGAUUGAAGUUCUGAACUUCAGCAAAUCCUUACGCAAUCACUCCUACAUUGGUGUGUUGGCACGUCUUUUCCACCACAGCCUUCCUAAGGUUUCACGCCUUGAUUUGUCCAACAAUGACUUGGUGUUUCUACCUGAGGGCAUUUUCACAGGUUUAUCAGAGCUGUCUCUUUUGGAUUUGAGGAACAACUCCCUUGUUUCCUUCAGGAAUGUUACAUCUCAGAAUAAAGCUCUGAAAGAGUUGGACUUACGAGACAAUGCAUUUAAAGCUCUGCCCAAUGAAACUCUAUCAGAGCUCUAUUCAAUCCCUAAUUUGCGAGUCAGACUUGCAGGAAACCCUUGGCGCUGUGAUUGUGACAUUGAGUACUUGUUGUUUUGGUUGGAGAAACAAGACUUUGUGACGGACAGAUUGAAUCUGACCUGUGCUAGUCCCAGAGAACUCAAACAUGUCCAACUCGUACACCUGGAGCACUCACAGCUCCCAUGCUGGAGCGACAAUGUGGAUGAGCUGAAUCGUGUUCUGGAGCCCUCGUAUGUGUUUUUGGGGCUCGUUCUUGCCCUCAUUGGGGUCAUCUUCCUUCUGGUCCUUUACCUUAACAGGAAAGGGAUCAAGAGAUGGAUGUACAAUAUCCGUGACGCAUGCAGAGAUCAUAUGGAGGGAUACCAUUACAGAUACGAGAUCAACUCAGACCCGGGGCUGGCCAACCUCAGUCCCAACUCCGAUGUGUGACCAAGACCAUCCUCGACGAAGCUUUGCAUGAGUACUUGUAUAAUUAGGGGUUUGCUGUGACAUGCAGUCUUUUUCGAUCAGACUAUGUUAAAAGGAUACUUCACCCACAAUUCUGCUAUUUGU